CGACGUCACAUGUGCGUAUAGUUUAAUCCGUGGUUGUCAAGUAGUCUUCUAAUUGUGCAAAAUUGUUGGUAUAUCGGCUGUGAGCUGUGAUCGGCUGAUCGUAUAGGAUCGAUGACGAACAUGCACGUUCGAUGUUAAAGGAUGAUGAUGAAUUGACUCGUAUGCGAGUGAUGAUGCUUCCAAAUGAGGUCCUGUCGUAGAUGAGAUAAUCAUCCGACGUGAAAGAAACGUCACGAUACUCUGACGAGCGUAACUCUUACCAUCCCAUACGAUCCAGAGAAAAUGUAUUGCCUACAGUGGCUGAUCCCGGUGCUGCUGAUACCGAAACCCGUGAACCCAGCGCUGCUGCAAACUCACGUCAUGUUCAUGGCACUUUAUCUGAUUGGCUUCUUCCUGGAGCGCAAGCCCUGCACUAUUUGCAGUCUCGUGUUCCUCGCCGCUGUCUUCCUCAUUUGUUACAGUGGAAUAGGCAAUUGCCUGCUCUGGAGCACAAAUUGUGACACAGUAAGAUGCGACAAUGGCUAAGAUCAUGUCAACUGUGUUUAACUUGAUAAUAUUUAGAGAAUUAUCCCCUUGUCAAAUUUUUCCAUUACGUGUACACACGAGUGAAUUUUUGCCAAUCUCUUCCUCUUUCUCUCCAUACUCUGGCAUAAUACACGAAAAUAGCUUUUCAAUCUGUAUUUUGCUAGCAUCUGUUUUGUCCGUAUUGUGAAAGCGAUGCCUUUAGUGUUUAGGUUUAACAAGAUUAGCUUUUCAAAUUAUCGAAAUUUUAGUCUAACGUUCUAUAACGUCAUGUUUUAUUGAACAUUUUCAUGCUGAAUUUAUGUAGAGUUAAAAUUUUGAAAUUUUGAAUAAGCAAAAAUGUGAUACGAUGUAUUUGAUGAGAUUCAUAUAUAGUUUGAGUUUGGUCACAACUGUUGACUGAAGUCAAGUAAAUUUCCAGAUUAUAGCAUUAUGUAGUCUUUUUUUGUUAAUAUAUAUUAUAUAAUAGAUGCAAAUUUCAUAUAUUAAUUAUAAUACAUUUGCUACAACAGAAUAAAACAAAAAUUGAAGCUUAUACAGGCAACGGCAUAUUCCUUUAUAUUUAUCCAUAGUUUCUAAAGGCAAUUUUUAUUCCAAUCUCUUGAAUAUGAUUCUAAAUAAUGUUUUUCCAAUUAGAAUCCAAUAUUCUUCCUUAUGCAUUAUGCAUUAAAAAAAUACAUAUAACAAUUACAUAGAGUUGCAAUUCUUAUUUUGUUAAAAUUACUUGCAUCAAACAAUAUAUCAAAUGCUUAUUGAUGUCAGAUGCAAAAUGAACAUAAUUUUUUAAAUACUUUAACCAAACACUCUUAACAGGGUUUUAUAUAUUCACACAAUAUGUACAAUGCUCUUGGUAUCAAAGUGACACGCAUACGGAAACUGAAGCAUCUCGAAAUUUAAAAUGUUAUCAUUUAGUAAAAACAUGAAAAUUUGGCAAGUUGUUUAUCUAUAUAGAACUAAUUAGAAAAUGUCGAUUGAUUUAAAAUAAUAAAAAUUGAAAUAUUGUAGCGCGCAAAUAUUAUAAAAUUUAGCUAAGCGAGUGUUAUAUGAGACUAAAAUUUCUCAAAUUAAGUACUUGUCAAAUCUGCUCUAACUAAAAUAUAGUGUGUAGAAUUAAAAUUCAAUGUGAAGUAUGUCUUUUGUAUUGCUGGUUUGGUUUUAUGUUGUCAGAAGUAUAAAUCGUAUUUAUUUUUUAAUUUGUAUGCCUCAUAAAAAGAUUUAAGUGAGAUACAAAUUCUGUGCUAUAUUUAUGAUUGUAA